CAUUUCCUCCGCGUGUCCACCUACAAUCAAUUGUUUCAUUCAUCAUUCAUCACUAACAUCAAUAUUCUCUACUGUCUAGUUCUCGCGGUGCCACCAGUUCGAACGGCCAAAAACAAUCAGGCGACGCUUACAGCCUCCGGCUUCACGUCCAAUUUGCCACCUCGAGCCCUUCCCGAACGAGCCGCUCCGAAGGCCGCGGGGAAGAAAAAUAAGGGCAAAGCGAAAGCCGUGUUUCAAGAUGAAAGAGAAGACUGGACAGAACAGUAUCAACAACAGAUCGGUACCUCGACACGAACACUGUUCUUCCAAUACUCUUUCAAGAUGAACGACACCCACAUAGACGACAUACUCAGCUUGGGACAAGAUAUCACAGCCAAGAUUGCGACUUUCCAUUUCAGCUCCACCGAUAACAGCUAUUCGGCACGCAGCGGCAUGGGUGAAGUGACGAGCGCAGCACUUGAACGCCUUGCGCGGGCGAUGCCCAAUUUGAAGAAAGUCAUACUCCAAGACACAUAUGCGGGAGAAAUGGACGGUUAUUUUGCUUUUGCGCAAUUCUGUCCACAAAUUACAUACUUCGAAGCCAUUGGCGUACCGCUCAAGGAUGAGUACUUCUCAGAGUUUACGAGGCAUCCGGAAUGGGCGCCUAACCUCAAAAAGAUGAGGAUCAGCCAACCGUAUAACCCCAAUCCAAAAGCACUCGCCGAGAUGAGAAAAUUCAGCAAAGCGCGGCCUCGUUUACCGAUCCAGCUACUCGAGAGGAGCAGUGUGAAGAAGUGGGGCGAUUGGGAAUAUGAAGAGAAUGUGAAUCCGAUGCAAAAUGGGCGGAUGAAGACUGCUUUACAUUAUUCCUGA